AAAUAACAAACUGGGUUGGUUCUCUUCCUUUCUCUCUCUACACGGCAUUUGUAUGUCUUUUCGCCAUGGAUACUAACAAACAGCCGUUAUCUUCACUGGCUUGACUCUCUCUCUCUAUCUUUCUCUCUCUCUAAUGCGAAUCCUUCUUCAACACAGGCUUCUUUGAAUUCCUUACUGAAAUCUCAAUCUGUCAAAGCUUGAACAGAAAGACUAGAUUUCAGUCUUCUCUAGAUAAGAUAUCAAUGCUUUAUUACAAUCAACUUCCAUUCUUUUGAACAUCGUUGAGCUAAACUUGGAUAAAUGAUGUUGGAUCUCAAUAUCGAUGUAGUUUCUUCCGAUUCUGAGUAUUGUCAAUUUGAACAGACGGUUACCGCCGAUAAGAUUGCGAGCUGUAGGACUGAUGAUUCUGCAACUCCGAAUUCAUCCGUAGUUAACGAUGAAGAGGCUCCGGCGGAAGAACAAUCCAGUUCGAAUCUUAUUCCACCUUCUAGUUCUAACUACUAUCCUUUUCAUGUCUUGCCAAAAGGUAAAACUAGCUUUUACAAGGUAAUUGCUGCCGGUUAUGACUGCGACGAGGAAUCGGUUCCAUCCUUGGUUACUAGACAGCUUUUCCCUGUUCCUAGUGAUGGAAUAAUUGGCGAUGAUAACGAGAUUGACUCGAGAAUUGUUUCCACACAAAAUUCUUCGUUUAGAGCGCGAUGGUUGAAUCUCUCAUUUCCUGAUACACAAGACGACGGGGCUAGCCUGAGAUCUUUGCAGCAGCCGCAGCUACCACAGCCACAGCCACAACCACAACCACAACCACAGCCACCGCAGGUUAAGAAGAGCCGGCGAGGUCCGAGGUCUCGGAGUUCUCAGUACAGAGGAGUCACCUUUUAUCGUCGAACUGGACGAUGGGAAUCACAUAUAUGGGAUUGCGGGAAGCAAGUGUAUUUAGGUGGAUUUGACACUGCUCAUGUUGCAGCUAGAGCUUAUGAUCGGGCUGCAAUUAAGUUUAGAGGAGUUGAUGCUGAUAUCAACUUCAAUGUUAGUGACUAUGAGGAGGACAUGAAACAGAUGAGAAACCUGACAAAAGAAGAAUUUGUUCAUAUAUUGCGUCGUCAGAGCAAUGGAUUUUCACGGGGUAGUUCAAAGUACAGAGGGGUGACCUUGCACAAGUGUGGUCGAUGGGAGGCAAGGAUGGGGCAACUUCUCGGUAAAAAGUAUGUAUAUCUUGGGUUGUUCGACUCUGAGAUGGAAGCUGCAAGGGCUUACGAUAAAGCAGCAAUCAAGUGCAACGGUAGAGAAGCAGUGACCAACUUUGAACCCUGCACUUAUGCUGAGAUAAACUCAGGUGCUGACCAGAAUCUUGAUCUGAGGCUUUGUGUAUCAACUCCUCCUUCUGAUGUUCAGACAAGCACUCGCAUCGAUCAAAGUUGUCACAUUAAUAAUAUAUCACCUGAGAUAUAUAAUGGGAAAAGAGCCAAGAUUGAGAGUUUUGGCCCUGGUCCUGUUUUUGGACUGAACAUACAUGUUACACCACCAGCCUCCAUGCAUCAUCCCUCGAAAUGGCCUGGCAUUGAUCUAAGUAUUCCAAACUAUGAGGAAAGAACAUUAGGAAAAGUGUCGCAAGGACAUCUUCCCCAGCAGCCAGUGUUCUCAAACUGGACAUGGAAAAUGCAGAGCCACGGAGCUAUAAGCCCAGUGUCAUCGUUUCCUACUACUGCAGCAUCAUCAGGAUUCCCUUCUUUUACUAUGUCCGCCUUACCAAAUGGCUCGAAACACUCCUUCCCACCACCACCACCAGUUGCUACCAACAAUUGUAAGAAUCAGCCGACUAAAUAACACUCAGUAUUAUGUAAGUUUGAACCUAUAGUGUUUGUUUGAACUAUUACCCACUUCUCUCUUAUUUCUUGAGAGGCUCAUUAGCUGCAUACAAUGAUUGUUGUUUUACAAAGGCUUUGCUAUUAUGAUAUGAAAUAGGAAUUUGCUCCUUCA